CGAAUACCUGCCGGGGAAAGGGGACAUCUGAACUGCAACCUUUUAAUAUCCAUCGCUCCUUUUUCCCUUUUUUUUACAGUAAUAAUAAAACAAGAAAGCGAACCGGAGGCAUUAAGGAGACGCGGAGUUGUUGGAUGAAAACGGACUAAAAAGAUUCAUCCUCUCUUGAACAUCAUCACCAACCAUCAUUCAUUCAUUACCUUGACAACCUCUGGCUUUGAUUGACAGCUGGAGUGGCAAAAAGCCAUGAGACACGACAGUUUAGUUACAUGCAGGUUGUUGAUGGGCCGAUUGUGACCUUCAGUUUGGUUCUUGGCAUUUUUUUUUUUCUUUUUGGGUAAGGAGGAAAACAAGAAAAAUUGCAAAACUCUUCCUGAUGCCCGAGCUCGGUCUGAACUAUAUUGGAGAAUAGGAGAAUUCACGAAGUUGGUUGAAAAAGGAAUCUUGCCACUAAAUCACUUUCUUACCAGACUGGGAUAUUAAACAUACGACACAUCUAGGAGUUUAUUGGAGCGCAGCCUGAUGGCGCAAAGGUACGAUGAAUUGGCCCAUUACGGCGGCAUGGACGGGGUGGGAGUUCCGGCGUCUAUGUACGGGGAUCCGCAUGCACCUCGACCGCUACCCCAAGUACACCAUUUGAAUCAUGGACCGCCGCUUCACGCGAGCCAGCACUACGGUGCACAUGCACCCCAUCCCAACGUAAUGCCCACCAGUAUGGGCUCAGCUGUCAAUGACGUUUUAAAGAGGGAUAAAGAUCAAAUUUAUGGUCACCCUCUAUUCCCGCUGCUCGCGCUGGUUUUUGAGAAGUGCGAGCUGGCGACGUGCACUCCCAGGGAGCCCGGGGUAGCAGGCGGCGAUGUCUGCUCCUCUGACUCCUUCAACGAGGACAUCGCAGUCUUUGCCAAACAGGUUCGCGCAGAAAAACCUUUAUUUUCCUCAAAUCCAGAGCUGGACAAUUUGAUGAUACAGGCCAUACAAGUAUUACGGUUUCACCUCUUGGAGUUAGAAAAGGUGCACGAGCUCUGCGAUAAUUUUUGCCAUCGGUACAUCAGUUGUUUGAAAGGAAAAAUGCCAAUAGAUUUAGUCAUAGACGAACGGGAUGGCAGUUCUAAAUCCGACCACGAGGAACUCUCGGGAUCAUCAACGAACUUAGCCGAUCAUAACCCAGCUUCCUGGAGAGACCACGACGACGCCACCUCCACACACUCGGCAGGCACGCCGGGGCCCUCCAGUGGAGGACACGCCUCCCAGAGUGGAGACAACAGCAGCGAGCAAGGAGACGGCUUAGACAACAGCGUGGCCUCGCCUGGCACAGGGGACGACGACGACCCAGACAAAGACAAGAAGAGGCAGAAAAAGCGUGGCAUCUUCCCCAAAGUGGCCACCAACAUCAUGCGAGCGUGGCUCUUCCAGCACCUCACACAUCCGUACCCUUCAGAGGAACAGAAAAAGCAGCUAGCCCAGGACACAGGCCUCACCAUCUUACAAGUAAACAACUGGUUCAUUAAUGCCAGAAGAAGAAUAGUACAGCCCAUGAUUGACCAGUCAAACCGAGCAGGUUUUCUUCUUGAUCCUUCAGUGAGCCAGGGAGCGGCGUAUAGUCCAGAGGGUCAGCCCAUGGGCAGUUUUGUGCUGGACGGCCAGCAACACAUGGGAAUCCGGCCAGCUGGUCUGCAGAGCGUGCCAAGGGAGUACGUACUUCAGAGCGCUCCUGUGGGCAUCAGCAUGGCGCCCCUACCCUACCAUACUUCGCCUCCGGCUCCUCCCAUGCCACACCUCCCUCAGCUACGACAUGGACCCCCUCUCCACCCCUACCUCUCUGGCCAGCCGUCUCCCCACGCCGCCAUUCUAAUGCACGGAGGACCUCAUGGUCACCCAGGAAUACCCAUGUCUGCACAGAGCCCCCCUAUUCUGACCCCCAUUGACCACAGCACUGGUGGACAAGGCCUGGACAUCCACGCCCAGUAGUGAAAGGGAUCCUGACAACAAGAGCAAGCAAGAAAACAACUCUCAUCCCUCUAAAGUGAUUUUGAGACUAUUUUUAAGAAAAAAAGGAAAAAAGAACAAUUUUGACCAGAAUUAGACACUACAAAUGGAAUUCCAGAUGAGCUGUGAUAAUUUUUUUAUCUUGUCAAUUUUGUUACUUUCAUCGAUGGAGGACCAAGCUGACAAGAACACUUUGUAAAGUCUUGGGCUUUUGUUAAAGAUCAACAGAAGAUGUUUCAACUUCAGCUAUCACAAAACAUACAAACUCACAGAAACACAGACUUACACAUACACCGAAACGCAGUCAAACAUGCUCUCAUUUGAACCAUUUUAAAGAAAUCAUUCUGGAAGAUUAAAAAAUGACAAAAGAGACUCCAAGAGUUAUAACUACUGUAGUAUAAAAGUAUAGACACUAAGUUAAAACUUGUGCAUUUUUCUUGAUCACUCAAUUUAUGUUUCCUGAGCUAGUCCUAGAAUAAAAGAUUGAUCCCCGCUUUUCACACUGUGUGUGCUGUUCCAUGAGGGAGAGAUGGUCUUGUUGCAGCAAUAAACAAACAAACAAGUAAACACGAUAAAUAAGAAAGGAAGAAACAUCUGCGAAAUCUCGGCCCUGUCACCAACAGUAGCGUGGGCAGUGAACCUGGCUGAGUAAGGACCAGAAGCAGCACUCUGUCAGAGAGCUUGUUAAAUGAAGCCUGCGCUCUCUGGAAGACCCACCAACCAUUAUUUCAGGCCACUCUUCUUCUUCUUCUUCUUCUUCUUCUUCUUCUUCUUCUUCUUCUUUUGGUUCAUGAAUGAAUGUUUCCCUGUAGGUAAAGUUCUUAGUUUGAAUUGCCCAAGCACUGGAUUGUGUUGGUUUUAUACAUUUUUAUUUUAUUAUUAUUACUUUUUUUUUGUAUCAUGGACUCUCGAGAGGAAGAGCCUAUUGAAGGAAGCCUAUUUGUGGACACGCAGCGUCAUGCAGUAGUUUCCAAGCCGCCGGAUCAGUAUACACACCACACGGACAGAACAGACAUGAUGGUGGAUUCUGUGGCAUAGCGAAGCUAUUGAUUGGUUGAUGCACCAAAAAAAACCUAAAACUUAAAAAAAAAAAUUUAAAAAAUAAAAAAAAAAGGAGAGAAAAAAAGAACUUAAAUUAUGAACUCAAAGCUUGGAGAAAAGCUAAGAGAAUAUUGUAACAAACUUCGUACAGAGUUCAGUCUAUUAAUUGUUUCAUGUUAGAUAUUCUAUGUGUUUACCUCAAUUGAAAAAGAAUGUUUUUGCUAGUUUCAGAUCUGCUGUGGCAUUGAUAUUGUAUGUCCAUGAAUUCCUUCCUUUUUCAGCACGUGUUCCUCACUAGAUGAUAAAAUGCUGUCUCCCUUAAGCUUUGUCAAAAAUACAUUAAAUACUUGUAUGAGGACUGUGACGUAAUGUUUAAAAGGUGUUCAGUCACAAAUGCUGUAAUAAAUAUUUCAUUUUUGAUUUUGUUAGA